AUGAUGGCAUCCGCUGCAGCUCGACCAAAGGUGAAACGCAUGCAAGACGCGGCUGAAGGUCCCCCAAAAUUACGGGGGGAGUCAACUGAAAAACAAGUCAAGCCUCUACCCAGCCCCCACACAAAGCAUGCAGCUAGCUCUAGUCAAGCACCUCUGCAAUCGCUGAAACAAUCGGCAUUUCCAAUACCCGGCGAGCAGAGAGAGCAGAGACAACAGCCGCAAGGACUAGGCAAUCAACAAGCAGUGCCGUCAGGCUCGCGGAUGGCAGGGCUCGCUCAGAGAUCUAUGGAACAGGCCGGGAAUCUUAUGCAAAAAGUCGAUGCCGGCAAGGUUAGCCAAGGAGUCAAACAGGUUACGGAGAAGACCCCGACUAGCGAUGCCUCCGGUGCCGACAAAGUCAGCAAAGAAGUCCAGGAUUUGUCUUCCUUGGAUGGGCUAGAAGUGAGCGAAGGAGGGAUGAUACUUGACGAGAGUGGGCAGGCCGUCGGUCAAGUCGUCGAGGGUGAUCCCGAGGAUCUUGUUGGUUGGACUGUUUCAGCAAAUGGCGAGAUUCUGGAUGAUGAUGGAGACGUGAUUGGCUAUGUUGACCUCAUCCGGGGUGGAACAACAGAGACCACGGAUGCAAAGGGCUUGUCGAAAACGAUGCUACAGAAUUUGAAAGACCUCCCGAUUGAUGCGGCGGGUAUGAUUAAGGACGAAACUGGCCGGCUGAUAGGUCAAGUCGUAGAGGGCAAGCCUGACCUUGUUGCGGGUAUGGUACCCAAUGAGAAAGGCGAGGUCCUGGAUGACGAGGGAGAAUUGAUCGGUCGCGUUGAUGUGGCGUCAGUAUCACCAGAGAAAGCAAGCGAAGCGGUAGAGCAGCCUAAGCCAGAAACCGGUCUUUCGGAUAUCUCGGUCCUCAAAGGCAGAGAGCUCAACGAAGAAGGGAAGAUUGUGUCCGAUGCUGGCGACGUAAUUGGUCAGCUUACCGAGGGCCAGGAUGCCAAAAAGCUUGCAGGAAAACCCGUUGACGCACAGGGACAAGUCAUCGAUGACUACAAGAAUGUCCUUGGAAAAGUCGAACUUGUUCCAGGUGAGGCCUCGGAUGCUGCAAUACAAAGGCUCGGGGAGCAGGGAGAGCAGGUACAAGAGCCCGUGGAUGAGGUUUCCAGAAAAUUGCCUGAUAUAUCUACCCUUCAAGGCCUGGCUUGUAAUAAAUUAGGGACUAUCAUAGCCGAGAACGGCGCUGCCGUCGGUGAGGUUAUUGAGGGGGACCCCAAAAGUCUAUGGAAGCAAGGCUUCCAGCUUGACAGUCAGGGUCAGUUCUGGGAUCACCAAGGAAACAUUGUUGGCAAAGCCCAGCCAAUCCCUCUGGAGGAAGAGCCCGCGGGGAUCUUUUCGGGUCUUGGGGAAAUAUGCGUGGCGGAGGGCGGCUGGAUCCAGGAUGAGAACGGAAAUCGGGUGGGCAAACUUGUUGACGGAGACCCGAAAAAGCUCGUUGGCCAUGUCGUUGACGAUGAUGGCGAUAUCGUGGAUAAACGAGGCAAUGUGAUCGGCCACGUGGAGCCGUGGGAAGAGCCAGAGCCAGAGGAGAUGGUUGAUUUCUCUACGAUUGAAAGUCUCAGCCCCAACAAGAUGGGAAAUGUCAUAGGCCAACAGCAGGUUCCAAUUGCCCGCGUGGUCGAAGGGGACCUCAAAGAGGUCGCUGGUCGACCAAUUGACCGAAAUGGCAAGAUCUGGAACGACAAAGGAGAAGUGAUUGGACGAGUGGAAUACAUCCCUGACUGGGAGGUUGAGGAAAUGGGGAUCUUCAGCGGGCUCGGAGUGCUUGUCGUGGAUGGCUCGGGCUUUGUAAGAGAUGAAGAUGAAAAUAUCGUGGGCAAGAUCGUCGAAGGCGAUCCUAAAUCACUGCGUGGUAAAGCUGUGGACGAUGAUGGUGAGAUUCUGGAUAAAUAUGGCAACGUGAAAGGCCGCGCAGAGAGAUACGAGCCACCAGAAGAGGAAGAGGAAGAGCCUGACUUGUCUUUACUCGAGGGCAUGAAGGUGAAUAAGCUGGGCAACGUUGUCGAUAGCCAAGGUACUGUCUUUGGACGCGUUGUCGACGGGAAUCCUAAGAAGUUGGUGGGAAAAACGGUCGACGCCAACGGUCAGAUCUGGAGUGAUGCUGGCAAGGUUAUAGGGCAGGCCGAGUGUAUCCCCGACACUGAUCGCGAAAGACCAGAGGGAGCCUUCUCCGGGUUGGAAGGGCUCACCCUGGACAAGGACGGCCGGGUGAUUGAACAAAGCGGCCAGGUUGUUGGAAGGCUACUGGAUGGCGAUCCGCAGAGGCUCAGAGGACGAGCUGUAGACGAGGAUGGAGAAAUCGUCGAUAAAUUAGGAAACGUGAUAGGACGCGCUGAGCGCUGGGAACCGGAAGACGUUCCACGGGAAAUUAGUCCCAUGGCGGGUCGUAAAGUCAACAAGGAGGGCGAAGUCCGUGAUGCAGAUGGGAAUCUCAUCGGCAAAGUGACCGAGGGUAAUCUAUCCAGGCUUGUGGGAAAGACAAUUGACGACAACGGCUAUAUCCUGGACAAUGAUGGUAACAAGCUGGGCGAGUGCACCUUGAUCGAAAACCUAUCCCCCGAGCUCUCUCCGGAGGAUGUUGAGAAGCAACAACAAGAGAUGGAGGAUAAGAGAUUGGCGAAGAAAAUGUCUGCCAUUGUGCAACAAACGUUGGAUACAGUCGGGCCUCUUUGCACGCAGAUCACCCAGCAUAUUGAAAAAGCCCAUAAUACGCCAAAGGAGGAACUCGAUGAGGAGAAGUUGGUCAACGAGGUCAAACCACUGAUUGAAAAGGCGGGUGAUGGACUACAAGAAUGCAAGGGCGCUCUGAGGGCUCUGGAUCCUGACGGUCAGGUCGCGGCCAGGGCGAAAGCGCGCAGUGCUAUGCAUGAGGCCACACCAGAGGAGUAUCAGCUCGCAGAUUCGCUCAAGGAACUCACAAAGACUGUGGUAGAGACGAUCGAAAAUGGGCGCAGGCUCAUCGCGGACAUGCCUCAUGCGAAGAAGAAGAUCAACCCCUUAUGGGCACUGCUUUCCGAGCCGCUGUUCCAAAUCAUCGCAGCUGUCGGUCUUCUCCUCAGCGGGGUUUUGGGACUUGUUGUUAUAACGAUCUCUGUGAACCACGAUAGUUCGUUCUAUAAGCUUGCUUAUAUGAUGCCUGAGGCCCUAACUUAG